AUGGCCACGGCGAACGACGGCAAGAAAGAAAUCGUCAUCAUCGGCGGCGGAAUCAUAGGCUGCACGUCCGCCUACUACCUCACGCGACACCCCUCCUACGACCCUACCAAACACAAAAUCACGCUCCUCGAAGCGAGCAAGAUCGCGGGCGGCGCGUCAGGGAAAGCGGGGGGUCUGCUGGCGCUGUGGGCGUAUCCGAGCAGUCUCGUGCCGCUGAGUUAUAAAUUGCACAAGGAGUUGGCGGAGGAGCAUGGUGGGGAGGAGAGGUGGGGGUAUAGGAGGGUGCAUUGUGGGCAGGUGGAUUGUGUUGGACGGGGGAUUUCUGGAGGGAGGGGGAAGGGGCGGAGUGUGCCAGGGAAGGAGGGGGAGAUGGAUGGGAACGAAGAGAGCAAUGUGUCCUUGCAAAAGAGGAGCAAAGACGCCUUGAACAAACUCCGCGCCAAAGGCAUCCCCAAAGACCUCGACUGGGUCUCCCCCAACUCCCUACGCGCGUACGAGGAGAUGGGCGACCCGAGCACCACCGCCCAGGUCCACCCGUACCAAUUCACCACCUCCAUGGCCUCCCUCGCGCGGGAGAAAGGCGUACAGAUCCUCGAGAACAGCCCCGUCACAGCGAUAAACUACUCUCCGGACGGAUCCUCCGUCUCAAGCGUCACAUACACCACCCCUUCCUCCAACAAACCGCAAACCCUCCCCACAACAACCCUCAUCAUCGCCUCCGGCCCCUGGACGCCACACAUCUACCCCACCGCCCCCAUCUCCGCCCUCCGCGCCCACAGCGUCACAAUCCGGCCCUCCCGCCCCGUAUCCGCCUACGCCCUCUUCACACAGAUAAAACUCCCCUCCCCUUUCCCCGCCAACAAAGCCCACUCCGGCCAAAUCGUCACCCCGGAGAUCUACGCCCGCCCCUUCACCGAAGUCUACGCCUGCGGCGAGGGCGACCACCUCGCACCGCUCCCGCCCACCUCAGCGGACGUGCAGGUCGACGAGAGCAGAUGUCAGGAUAUCGUAGAUUCCGUGGGGAGUGUGUCAGACGAGUUACGGGACGGCGAAGUCACAGCCAGACAGGCGUGUUAUCUCCCCUCGGUGCAGGGGUCUUCGGCGCCGUUGGUGGGGUUUACGGGGUCGGAGGGGGAGGUCAUGGCGGUCGGGCAUACGUGUUGGGGGAUUCAGAAUGCUCCUGGGACCGGGAAGUUGGUGAGUGAGUUUGUUUUUGAAGGGGCGGGGAGGAGCGCGAAGGUGAAGGGGUUGGAUCCGAGGAAUUUUUUGUAG